UGGAUCCUCUGGACCCUCCAGCUCGGUUGGAGUGACCUUCUUGAAAAUUCCCAUGGAGUCAAAGUUGACGGAAGGAUGGAUGUGCUUAACUUGAGCUUUGGCAAUAAGGAAGUCGCACACGCGCUCUUUGGCCGCCGCCUGGGCAGCUUCCUCCCUCAUUUUCUUCUUGAGGGCCUCGGCCCGGGCAUCCCUCUCAGCCGCAAGUUUACAUUUGGACGCCAGGUCCAACUUAGCCUCAGCAAGUGCCUUACCCUUGCUCGCCAACUCGUCACGCAAGGCGAUGAUUUCUUUGUCUCUGGCGGCAAGGGUUUUCUCCUGGGAAGCGACGAUGCUCCCUUUGGCGUCGAAGUCCCGCUGUAGUUCCUCGAUGCGGAUCUCUAGUUCUUCUUCCUUUCCAUUCGCCGAGACCAGCUCCAAUUUCACCUUCGUAAGCUUUACCAACAUCUUUUUUUAUCUUGCCCUCUUCCGCCACUAGUUGGUUGGUCAGUUUGAAGCAAGUAUCGUUGGCCCGGAGGUUGUCGGAGCGGAGCCUCUCCACUUCUUGGCGGAGUUCAGCGACUCCAUCAAGGUGUUGUGUACGCUGGGCCACUUGGGCAAACAAACACCCGGCGCAAAGGAGGUUUGACACAGCUUCCUGGGCUUCCCUAAAUUUCUCGAGGUAGGGGUGAGAAAGGUGGAAAGAAAAAGGAUUGCGGAAAGAGCUGAUAGGGGAGCUCUUUUGGCGGUCCGCAGGAGGGUUUUCUUUUUCCCCGCCAGCCCCAGGAAGGUUGGGAGUUGGCGUGUCAUUGGUGGCCUGGUCGUCAAGAUGGGAAGGAGGCGGCGGAUGGCUGGAAAAGGGCGAUUUCAGCCCCUCCGAUGGGACGACGAUAGGUGGGGCAGUGGAAAGCGAAGAGGUGCCUGUCUCGCCAUGAUAGGUAGGCACUGGGGAGUCUUGGACACCAUGCAGAGGAGGGUCCACGACGACGGAUUCAGGCACAACAGGUCCUUCAUCUACGCUGGUCAAGUUCGCUGCUACGGAAGAACAUUAACACCAUCCAUGAUGAAAAAGAAUGAAGAAAUUUCUGCAAUUAAGAAGCAGCAUAAAGAUGAAGUGAGUGGUAUGAAGAGACAAAUGGAUGGAUUGACAUUACUUGUAAGGAACAUGCUGAAGCUACAACACCCAAAUUUAGAUGAAGAAGAGAUCUCUAAUAUGAUGGAAGCUUCUCUAGGCAAUGAAAAUAGUGUAGCUCCGCAUUCAUCUGCAUCCACCUAUGUUCCCCCUCAUGAAAAGAAUGGGGAGAAUGAUGAUUUUCAUGAAGGAGAUGGAGAUGAAGAUAGAGAAGGUGAAGGAGAAGGAGAAAGAGAAGGAGAAGAAGGAGAAGAAGGAGAAGAAGAAGAUUGAUUUCGUUUGGAAGAAAUAAUAAUAAUUUGUUAUUUUGAAAGGUUGUUUGGAACUUAGGAUGACAUCUUGAGAUUUUAUUUUGUUGCUGUUUAUGUUGAAUUGAACAUUGGCAUGAAUUGACUAGAAGCUGUCAAGUUGGACAGGAUUAGGCAUUGCCAUUUUUUGGUAGUAGUUUUAUAAUUUUCUCUUAGUGUUCUAAAUACAAUAUUCGUAUUAAUUAAGAUUUAAUUUUUGUUU